GGGGCGGCGACGGGCGGGAAGCGGCUGCGGCGGCUUUUCUGGCACCGGGGGAGCGGCAGUGCCUCCUGAGCGGAGCGACAGGAGGAGGAAGGGCCGGGGAGCCCUCCGCGGGUCCGCUGACCGAGCGCGCGGUGCGGUGCGGGGUCUGUCCGCAGGUGCCCCGCAGCCGCCCGCUCCGCCGCCGGCCUCCCGCGGAGGUCCAUGAGUCGCGGGCGGGCAGCCCCGGCAGCGCCCCGAGCCCGCUCCCCCGGCUCCGGCAGCGGCCCGUGGCGGCGGCGGUGAGAUGGGGGGCAGCCUGGGCUGCCACCGCUCUAUCCCCCGCGACCCGGCCGACCUGUGCCACAGCCGCAAGUUCAGCGCGGCGUGCAACUUCAGCAACAUCCUCGUCAACCAGGAGAGGCUCAACAUCAACACGGCCACGGAGGAGGAGCUGAUGACCCUCCCCGGGGUCACCCGGGUGGUGGCCCAGAACAUCGUGGAGUACCGCGAGUAUAUCGGCGGCUUCAAGAAAGUGGAGGACUUGGCGCUGGUGAGUGGGGUGGGGGCGGCCAAGCUGGAGCAGGUGAAGUUCGAGAUCUGCGUGAGCAGCAAGGGCAGCUCGGCGCAGCACUCGCCCAGCUCACUGCGCAAGGACCUGGCCUCUGAGCACCACCUCUCUGCCACCAAGAUCAACAUCAAUACCGCCACCCCGGCACAGCUCAUGAGCAUCCGUGGCAUCACUGAGAAGAUCGCCAACAGCAUCGUGGACUACCGUAAAGAGCACGGGCCCUUCAAAAGUAUUGAGGACCUGGUGAGGAUGGACUGCAUCAAUUCCUCCUUUCUGGACAAAAUCAGGCAUCAGAUUUUUGCAGAGCGUUCCAGGCCCCCUUCGACAAACACCAAUGGUGGCCUCAACUUCAUGGCCAAGCCUCACCCCAGCCCCACUUCUCUAAGCCUCCAGAGCGAGGACUUGGACUUUCCCCCUGGGGGCCCAACCCAGAUCAUAUCCACUCGCCCCUCUGUGGAGAUGUUUGGGGGGGUGAGAGAUGGCAGACCUGUUCUGAGGGUGGCUACUUGGAAUCUGCAAAGCUGCUCCAUUGAGAAAGCCAACAACCCAGGUGUGCGGGAGGUCGUGUGCAUGACGCUGCUGGAGAACAGUAUCAAGCUUUUGGCUGUGCAGGAGCUGGUUGACAGAGAAGCGCUAGAAAAGGUAUUUAAAAAUAUCUCUAAUACAACUGUCAUAACACAUUUAAGCUCUUAA